CCGCGUUACGUAAGCGUCGAUUGCCGAGUCAUGGAUCGCUGUUUAAACGCCACAAGGACGUCGGUUCGGGAGCGGAACCGGGCUCUGUUGAUGGGAGGAGAAGCAGAACGUUAUGUAGACACACAAAUAUUAGGUUCUGGUUCUGGUUCUGGUUCGAGUUGAGGAGACGAGAGACGCCGGCUAACUGCUAGCUUGACGGACUGCGUGUCUCUGCGCGGAGCGGCUUUUUAUUUAUCAGAUUUUAACGGAAGCUGCAGCCAUGCUCAUCCAGAGCUACUGCGAGCUCAACACCUCCAUCUCCCACACCUGGCUGGAUGAAGGCAUCUCCCCCUGCUUCUACUUCACCCUGGUCCCCACCAUCCUGCUCAGUGUCUCCUUCCUCCUCGGCGUCAUCCACUGCGUCUUCUACCAGAAGUUCGGCACGGCGAUGGAGCCCAAGUUCAUCCCGCGCUCCCGCCUCUACGGCCUCCAGCUGGUCCUCUCCGCCCUCCUCCUGCUCCAGUUCCUGGGUGGGAUGAUCUGGAGGGCUUCCAGCGCCGGAGAGCUCCCGGGGUACGUGGUGCUGUACGGCUGCUUCUCCACGCUGGGAUGGGCCUGGGCUUUGGCUCUGCUCAGGGUGGAGAGGCGGAGGGCCCUGCUGAUGGACCGGAGCAGGGGACACAGCGCCGUCCUGCUGGUGUUCUGGGCCGUGGCGUUCUCGGCUGAGAACUUGGCCUUCGUCUCCUGGUACAGUCCUCACUGGUGGUGGGGGCUGGAGGACGACCGGCAGCAGGUGCAGUUUGCUCUGUGGCUGCUGCGCUACGUCUGCACCGCUCUGCUCUUCUUCAUCGGCCUCAGAGCGCCCGGCUUGCCUCGAAAACCCUACCUGCUGCUGAUCAACGAAGACGAACGCGACGUGGAAAACGGUGGACAGAACUUGUUGGGAAGAACGGAGCAGAACCAGUCCACCUGGCAGGGUUUCAGGAAGAAGGUCCGCCUUCUCCUUCCCUACAUGUGGCCGCGGGGCAGCAUCUUCCUCCAGCUUCUGGUCCUGUUCUGUUUGGGGCUGCUGGGGGUUGAGAGGGCUGUGAAUGUCUUUGUACCCAUCUACUACAAAAACAUUGUGAAUGAUCUGACCGGUGGCAGCAGCUGGCACACUGUAGCCACCACAGUGGGCGUGUAUGUGGUGCUCAAGUUCCUGCAGGGUGGAGGUGCAGGUUCCUCUGGGUUUGUCAGUAACUUGCGUACUUUCCUCUGGAUCCGGGUGCAGCAGUUCACCAAUCGAGUGGUUCAAGUCCGCCUGUUCGCCCACCUGCACUCACUGUCACUGCGCUGGCAUCUGGGACGCAAAACCGGCGAUGUGCUGAGAAGCAUCGACCGCGGAACCACCUCUAUUAACAGCCUGCUCAGCUACAUAGUGUUCAGCAUCUUUCCAACCAUCGCUGAUAUCGUCAUUUCCAUCAUCUACUUCAGCACAAAUUUCAACGCCUGGUUCGGCCUUAUUGUCUUCGUCUGCAUGACUGUGUAUCUGACUUUGACCAUCAUAAUCACGGAGUGGAGAACCAAGUACAGACGAGAAAUGAACCUGCAGGACAACGCCGCCAAGUCGAGGGCCGUGGACUCGUUGUUGAACUUUGAGACGGUAAAAUAUUAUAAUGCAGAGGACUACGAGGUCCGACGGUUUGAGGACUCCAUUUUGAAAUAUCAGUCCUCAGAGUGGAAGACUCAGGCUUCCCUGGCGCUGCUCAACCAAACUCAGAACGUCGUCAUCGGCUCGGGUCUGCUGGCCGGCUCCCUGCUCUGCGCCUACUUCGUCACGGAGGGAAAGUUUCAGGUUGGAGACUUUGUUCUCUUCGGCACCUACAUCAUCCAGCUGUACACCCCGCUCAACUGGUUUGGGACGUACUACAGAAUGAUCCAGAACUCCUUCAUUGACAUGGAAAGCAUGUUCAAACUUUUUGAGGAAGAGGAAGAGGUGAAGGAUCACGUAAAUGCAGGAAAUCUGCAGUAUAAACUGGGAAAAAUAGAGUUCGAGAACGUUUUCUUCAGCUACACCAACGGCAAAGAGAUCCUCAGGGACGUUUCCUUCACCGUUCUCCCGGGACAAACUGUUGCGCUGGUCGGACCAUCGGGUUCGGGGAAGAGCACCAUCAUUCGGCUGCUUUUCCGCUUCUACGAUGUUCAGGGCGGCUGCGUUCGCAUCGAUGACCAGGAUAUCUCAAAGGUGAAGCAGUCCUCGCUGCGAGCGCACAUCGGUGUGGUUCCUCAGGACACCGUCCUCUUCAACGACAUCAUCCGGGAAAACAUUCGCUACGGUCGCAACACCGCCACCGACCAGGAGGUGGAGGAGGCCGCUGUGGCAGCGGACAUACACGAUAAGAUCGCCACGUUCCCUGAAGGUUAUGAUACGCAAGUGGGCGAACGAGGUCUGAAGCUGAGCGGAGGGGAGAAGCAGAGGGUCGCCAUCGCCAGAACAAUCCUCAAAGCACCUCAGAUCAUUCUGCUGGACGAGGCGACGUCGGCUCUGGACACACAGACGGAGCGCAACAUCCAGGCCUCGCUGGCUAAAAUCUGCACCAACCGUACGACGGUCGUGGUCGCUCACAGGCUGUCGACGAUCAUCGGCGCCGACCAGAUUCUGGUCAUCAGAGACGGGCGGGUCGCCGAACGAGGACGGCACGAGGAGCUGCUCCUCAAAAGAGGCCUGUACGCAGAGAUGUGGAUGAAGCAGCUGCAGCACCAAGACUCCGACUCCUCGUCCGACUCGGACUCCAAAGAUCGCAAAUCUGAGAAACUACAACCGCCGUCCGCCUCUUCAGCCCACCACCAUCACUGAUUGUGUUUACUGUUGGUGGGGGCGGGGUCUUUUUUACUCUCUUUUUCAAAACACUAUUUACAAGUAAGCGAACACUUAGGAAGGUGAGAGCGUUAUUUAUUAUUUUAGUUUUUGAGUUGAUGUGCGGCGCCUUUAAACGGAGGAGGUUGUAACUGAAGUGAUCAAAACACCCACUUCCUGUCUGAAUUCUGAUUCUAGUUACAUUUUUGUUACUUUAGCGCAAAGAUCAAAGAGAAAAGACGAGACCGUUUUGUCUUUGCUACGGCUGAUUAGCUAUGGAGGCCAUCUUGAACUGUGCUCACGCCAACAGCGAAGAUGCAUCCGAUGAAUGAGUUUCAUCGAAAUCCGUCCGCUGAGAAUAUUUUGCUAACAGGCAGAGAAAUGAACACUCGAACAUGGACAAAAAUAUUGUGUUUUUUUUUUUUGUAGGUGUUUUGUACUCUAACUUGGAG